GAGUAACACAGGUAUGUUUCAUGUAUCUCUAAUGUAGGUAUGUUGAACGGAAGAAAGGAGGAGUGACGACAACAGUAUAUCUCCUUUCUGGGCCAAUCACAACGCAUCUCACAGAUUUCUUCCCUCAUUCCCGCCUUCGACUUCAUCUCCGUCGUCAUACACGAAUACUUGGUCUGAAGAGACUUGGUUUGAAGAUACCCACCGACUCUUUCACGGCCAAUUAUAACCCCCUCUAUAAAUGAUUCAUACGAACUGGCCCCCUAAGACUUCCAACUCCUAACAACCUGAGGGCCCAACGGACUCACUCGCUCGUCCGCCGUCCCUCAUUCAACCCUCGACAUUCACCGCCACAUACGACAUCCGACCAUCCCACCACGAUGCGAUCCAGCCUCCUCGUCCUCUGGACAUCGCUCGCCAGUGCCGUCCUCGCCGACAUCACGUUCGUCACCCCUGCCCCCGGGAGCACGAUCCCCGUGGGCGCAGUGUCGAUGGAAUGGAAGGACUCCGGAGAAGCGCCGGCGUUGGCGGACUUGACGACGUAUGAGGUGUUUCUUUGCGCGGGAGGGAACACGGAUGGGACAUUUAUUGAUCUCGUCCCCUUGGUCAAGGCCGGACAAUUCUCCAUGGGUAACAUCGCGCAGGGUGUGGUUUCCGCAACCGUAGGAGGCCCCGAGAAGAACGCAUACUUCAUCAAAAUCAUCUCCACCUCCCCCAAAGGCACCGUCACCAACUACUCCGGCCGCUUCACCCUCUCCGGCAUGACCGGAACCUUCCCCGCGAACGUUGUCACCGCCCUCUCCACCCUCGGCAGCACCACUGCCGGCCCCGCCCGCAAGAACGCCAUGGCGGCCGCGAACCCCGGCGCGACGGGCGACUUCGCGGUGCCGUUCGGCCAGCAGACGGGACUCACCCGAUACGCGCCCAUGCAGAGCUUGCCGCCGACGCAGAUCACGGCGAAGGAUAAGCCGCCGUUGUAUCCGACCAGCAACGUGAUUAUCGCGACGGCGUUUUUGCCGCCGGCGAGUCCGAGUAUUAUGACGACAGUGACGCAGAGUAAGUCGUAUACGAUUACGAUGAUUGAGAAUCCGGCGCCACCGGGACCCGGGGUGAAUGAGGAUAUGCAGAAGUUUUUGAACCGAUGGAAAGAUUGAGGGAAGGAUCCGGGUUUGUUCUUGUCGUGUGUACAAUAGAUUUUAACAUCGGAGCGGCGCUCUUGACUGGACUGCAUUGGCGGCUGCGUUUGGCGUCUGGAGAAUCGGCUGGGUUGGUCACAGCAUUUAUAUCAGGUUUGUUACGGAAAAUAAUGAGAGUCCAUGUCAUCCGA